AUGCUUGACUCUGGAGAUGUGACUGACUGUCCUGUGGUCCACAGCAGAAUAUUCACAGGUUCUACCAGACUGGAUGGUAAUGCAAAUGUGGACUUUGUGCGGGUUUUCCAGUACCUCCAGGAGCAAGGUAUGCUGGGAACCACCCCGGAGGACCUCGCUCAGUUCCUGCACCAGGAGGAGAGGCUGGACUCGACUCAGGUGGGUGAGUUCCUGGGGGACAAUGAUCGCUUCAAUAAAGAGGUCAUGUAUGCCUAUGUGGACCAGAUGGACUUCCAAGGCAAGGACUUUGUCUACGCUCUCAGAACAUUCCUCGAGGGCUUCCGUCUCCCGGGAGAGGCUCAGAAGAUCGACAGGCUCAUGGAGAAAUUCGCUGCGAGAUACCUAGAAUGCAACCAGGGACAAACCGAGUUUGCGAGUGCAGACACUGCAUACGUCCUUGCCUACUCAAUCAUUAUGUUGACAACAGACCUUCAUAGUCCACAGGUGAAGAACAAGAUGACUAAAGAGCAAUACAUCAAGAUGAACAGAGGGAUCAACGACAGCAAGGAUCUACCGGAGGAAUAUCUGUCUGCCAUCUACGACGAGAUCGCAGGGAAGAAGAUCGCUAUGAAGGAGACCAAGGAAAUUACUCUGAAAUCCAACAAGCACAGUGUGGCCAGUGAGAAGCAGAGGCGGCUGCUGUAUAAUGUAGAGAUGGAGCAGAUGGCUAAGACAGCCAAGGCCCUGAUGGAGGCAGUCAGUCACGUCCAGGCUCCCUUCACCAGCGCCACCCACCUGGAGCACGUCAGACCCAUGUUCAAGCUGGCCUGGACCCCGUUCCUAGCAGCCUUCAGUGUGGGCCUCCAGGACUGUGACGACACUGAGGUGGCUUUUCUCUGUCUGGAGGGAAUACGCUUUGCCAUCCGGAUAGCCUGCAUCUUCACCAUACAGCUGGAGCGGGAUGCGUACAUCCAGGCCCUGGCACGGUUCACCCUGCUCACAGCCAGCUCUGGCAUCACUGAGAUGAAGCAGAAGAACAUCGACACCAUCAAGACUCUCAUCACCGUCGCCCACACAGACGGGAACUACCUGGGCACCUCCUGGCACGAGAUAAUGAAGUGUAUCAGUCAGUUGGAGCUGGCCCAGCUGAUCGGGACGGGGGUGAAGGCCAGGUACAUCUCAGGGACGGUUCGGGGGAAAGAGGGCUUCAUCACCAGCACCAAGGAGCAGAGCAACGAUGAAUACCUGGGCCUGGACAGCUGA